AUGCCGAGGUCUUUCAAAGCUGGAACAAAUGGUUGCAAUCGCACUCCUUUUAAUAAGGAGAAGGAUAAGGAGUCAAAGAAGAAGUUGAUUGAUGGGAAUAAAGAUGUGGAUCCUCAGCUAUGGCAUGCCAUUGCUGGAGGAAUGGUGAAAAUUCCACAAGUUAACUCUAAGAUCUUCUACUUUCCUCAAGGUCAUGCCGAGCAUGCCUAUCAACCUGUCACUUUUCCUGCCGACUUCAUAAUUCCAUCAGAAAUUCCAUGUAGAGUCGCAGCUAUCCGUUACAGGGCUGAUCCUGACACAGAUGAAGUGUAUGCAAAACUCAGCCUUGUUCCUCUGCAGAUUAGUGAGGCUAAUUUCGAUGAUGACGACGCCGCUGGCAUCGAUAACAUGUCUGAAACUAAUAAUAGAUAUCGGUCUUACACGAAAACCUUGACACAAUCUGAUGCAAACAAUGGUAGUGGAUUCUCUUGUCCUAAGUAUUGUGCCGAAUCGCUUUUUCCUCCAUUAGACUAUUCAGGUAUGUUUCCUUCUCAAGAUAUUUAUCCCAUGGAUGUGCAUGGAGAAACAUGGAGAUUCAUACAUGCUUACAGAGGCAUGCCGAAGAGGCAUCUGUUAACAACUGGGUGGAGUCAUUUUGUGACUGAUAAGCUACUUGUUUCGGGGGAUUCACUUGUGUUUGUCAGAGAUGAACACAGUGAUCUCCAUGUUGGAAUACGAAGGUCUAAAAAACGAAACGAUGGUGGAUUUAACUUUUCAUCAAGGAGGAAACUUGGUAUUGAAACUGGAAUUUGUCUUAGACCAUCAUACGAUAGACAUCUUACUUCGUCUUUUGGAGAGUUGAGAAUAAGUGAUAAGGUGAUGGGAAUUGGUAAAGUGAAGGCUGAACAUGUUAUUGAAGCCGUAAGACUUGGUGUCAAUAUGCAACCAUUUGAUGUGGUCUACUAUCCUAGGGUUGGUACUCCCGAGUUUUUUGUGAAAACCUCUUUAAUUAAAACAGCACGUCAGAUUAGGUGGUGUUGUGGAAUGAGGUUCAAGAUGGCCGUGGAAACUGAAGACUCUUCAAAGACACAUUCGUUUAUGGGAACAAUUUCUUCUGUUCAAGCUGCUGAUCCAGCAUGGCCUGACUCUCUUUGGAGACUUCUGCAGGUUACAUGGGACAAAACUGAUUUACUUACAAAUACCAAGAUGCUGAAUCCGUGGGAAGUCGAAUUAGUAUCGGACAUGCCUUUGUUCCCUUUUCCCCCUUUCUUUCCAUCAAGUAAGAAACUGAGAUCGACGCAACACCCAAGUUUCUCCAUGGAUGGCCAAUUAUCAAUGCCAACUUUUUCGAAUGUUCCAGUUACUAGUACUGCAGGCAUGCAGGGAGCCAGGCGUGAUGAUUUUAGUUUCCCCAAAUCAUUGUUUCCAACCAUCGAACAAAUUCCAUUAGAAGUCUUUAUGUCUCAUUUCCAACCAUCAUUUAAUCACGAUGCCUCAACAUCCACUACUGUCAAUAGCACGAUAUUACAAAAGGAGAGCAACAGUGAGAAUGUUUCAAGCUCGAUAUUAGACAAAUUGGAUCAUGCGAAGCCGAAAGAGUUGGUGCUUUUUGGCCAAACAAUACUUCAUGCGAAGCCAAAAGUAUUGGUGUUUUUUGGCCAAAAAAUACAAAUUGAGUCGAGAAAUGGAAAUGCCGAGGAGAAAAUAACUAAUUAUCCUUCUGGUUCUCCUCUAUAA